AUGCCUGCUUCUUUCAAGCGUUACGUUGAGGUUGGCCGUGUCGUCCUCGUCGAGGAGGGCCCCUCCGCCGGCCAGCUCGCUGUCAUUGUCGAGAUCAUCGACCACAACAGGGCAAUCAUCGACUCUCCCUCGACCGGUGUCGCCCGCCAGGUGUUCGCCUUCAAGCACCUCACCCUCACCAAGCUCACCGUGCCCGGUUUCCCCCGUGGUGCCGGCUCGCCCAUCGUCAAGAAGUUCUUCGACAAGGCUGGUGUUGCCGAGAAGUGGGCCGCCUCGGGCUGGGCCAAGAAGCGUGCUGCCAUCAAGACCCGCCGCUCGCUCUCGGACUUUGACCGAUUCAACGUCAUGCUCCUCAAGAAGCAGCGCCGCAGCGUCCUCUCGCCCGCUGUCAAGAAGGCCUCUGCUUAA